UGAUCGAGCGUCAUUCGUACGUAAUGGAGUCGAAAUGGUGCGACGUUUUAGUAAAUUGAAAUAAAAUCGUAAUAAUUCUGAAAUUAUCACAUAAAAGUGCCACUAUUUGUGAUUUAAUGGAAUGCUGUGAAUAUUCUUAUUCAUAAUUGGGUGUGAAGUUAUUUUGUUAAUUGAAGAAACAACCUCGAUCGGAUGCCAAUGACUGUUAUACGAAGUAAAACUACAUCUGUGCCGCUACGACGAGUGGCCAAUGUUUGAGAAGUAGCCGAUCGCAGUCGAGUUUCAUGGUUUUGAGGGGGAAUUUACAUGUUGAGAGUCCAACCAAUGAAGGUAUGGCAUCUGAUCAGCCCGUGAAGAAGAAACAGCGGAUAGACGCGCCCGACAUCGACGAGGGCAGUGACAAGUCCGCCGAGGAUGCUAUCGGAGACAUUUUUGACUCGGAGACACCUCCUGCUGAACCAGCUGAUGAGUUCCCAUCGAGGAAUGGGGAGUCCCCUGACAGUGGCACCGUCAGUGAAGAUGCAGUGGACUGCUCUGCUAUAUUGAGGCUCCCAAACAACUCUGAUGUGACCAUAACCCCAACCUGCUCCUCUACCAACACUCUAAAUUGGAACUCCGAAGACGAUAAACUGCUAUCGGAGCUGAGAAUACUCCAGGAUGGCCUUGUCGGGCAGUGCUUGUGCCAGUACAAUGAGAAUGUUGUUACACAGCUGUUUGAUAGAAGACUAAACAUCGCAUCAUGGCCGAUACCAUGUUCACUGACCUACCUCUCUACAAUGCAACUCAUGUUCGAUGUUUACUUGAAACAAAACCAUUCUGGCACAAUAUGCUCAAGACUAAUGCAGGCCUGUGACAUGUUUGUCAGAAACAGACAUGACUGGAUCACAGAAGUAAUAGAGCUUUCAGAUCAUAAGAGCAAAUUCAUCACUUUUGUUGCAAGCCGAGUCUUGGCUACUUUCCUAAUAGUGGCCAAGGAUACAGUGGAUGAAAACUGGCUACAUCAGAUAGUUGAGAACAUCUACAUGUUUGAUCGGAUAAACAGGAUCACAGUGCAGAAGAUAAACUUCAGUCUCGACAUUAUAAAGAGGAUUGUUGAGUGGAAAGAUGUGGAACAGCAUCCAUUAGAAGACAGUGCAUACAUAAACUCAGCCGCAAGUGUGCCCGUCCAAGAAGACAAUCCAUUCAGAAGUAACAUUGGCUAUGGCAGCAAUCGCAACGCACAAACUCCGUCCAGCUCUCACGCAGAGAACUUAGAUAGUGCCUUCUCAAAUUUACAAACUCACAGUACACCAUCAACAUCAUCGGCUGAAAACUUGAGUACAGAACAGACGUUUAAGCUUCACGAUCCAGUACUGAAGUUCCCUAUGGAGCAACAGAUCAGUGGCUCCGAGCAGCAGGAGCCCCCGGACCCUCCGCCACCGCCCCGUGUGGAAAGAGUGAAUGAAAACGGAUGCAGUACAGUCAUAUUGACAGACUCGGAAUCAUUUGACACAUCCCAUAUAAAGUGCAUCACAAUUAAGACGCUGGAAGGCCACUGGCCCGUUUUAGUCAAAAACAUCAAACUGCUACUGCUGAGGUACCUGAACUUACCAAACUCGGAGAACUGUAUACUCACAUUCUUCACUCUGUGGGAGAAUAUCAUCAGUGUAAAGGCGAACCUCUCAGUCAUCGAUACUAAACCGUUCUACGCUGAUCUGCAAGGGUUUGUUGACUUACUGAGAAAUACAACCUUCCCCAGUCUCAUCUACACACAUUUACUCAGUCUAUUCAAUGAGGUGCUCUGCUAUGGAUCGACCCUAGCAUUGCAAGACAUACUGCCGGAAGAAAUCUGCUGUCUAGCUCACUCUAUUGUCAGGUAUGUCAAAGAUUUCAGGCUUCUCAGCGAUGUGCGCGUCAGAAAUAGCAGAAGCGGCUUCAGCUUCAUUGGCAGAGAAUGUCCAGUCAUCCAGAACUACUCGCUCGGUCCCAACGUGACGUCAACCAUCCAGUUAGUGGACCAAAGCUAUGGGGAUGACGAUCAUGAUGACUCGAUACAAACGAGAAGCGAAGUCGACAAGACACUGCUUCAGAGGAUGUCCCUGUUAGUCCUGAAAUCUAUAGCAGUUACAGUGAAAGAGAUGCGGUGCGACUCCUCAGACAGUUCCAUAGAUUCGUCGGACUACAAUGCUAUACAGGACAUGCAGAUUGUUGAGCGAUCUAUAAGAGAUGUCCUUAAAAAACUAGACAGUUUCAUUCGCAACGCACUAGAGUUCCACCCCGAAACUCCAUUCACGAAAAUGCUGAUACACUUAUUCAGUGAACAGGACGAUUACUUGAUAGAGUCUAUGGUUUGCACUCUAGAUAUAACCGUCGGGAUUGUCUAUAGAAACUCUGUCUACCCAGAUUUGAUCCCUAUGUUGAACCCCAUAGCUUCUUUCAUUGAAUUCCUAAAGAUCGUCUCUCACGACAGCGAUGUAUUGCUAGACUAUCUGGUCAGCAAUGAGACGUGUUUCCUGCUAUAUUUGUUGAGGUUCUUGAAGUAUGUGCGAAGAAAUUGGCCUAAGUUCAUUGAGACCUGCCAGUCCUUUGAGUCAGGUAGCACCAGAGGUCUGGAUGACACUAUGAGGGUGCUGAUAAGGCUACGGCUUCAGAUUAGCAGGCUGGUGUCUAAAUCGUUGUUCCCAUAUAAUAUUAGUCCAGUCCUGAGGCUUCUAGAAGUGUGUGAGAGCUUGUAUGAAGGAAAUGAGCUAAGCUGAAAUUUUAACAGGAGUUUUAAAUCGUCCUGUAGAAGACAGUAUAUGUACAGUAUAUAGUACAGAGUAUAUCUGAUGCAAAGACUGCCAGUUUUAAAUACAUUCCAAGCUAAACAUUAGAUCGCGUUUAAAAUUAUGAGAGUAAGGAAUUUGUAAUGUAUGUAAUUAUAAUAAUUAUGUUUGUAUUUUGUAUGUCUUCCUUGAAUAGUGUUAUUUAAAAUGUGCCUUACCACUUAACUGAUUAGGUGCUUUGUGUAGCAAUAGUAAUCGUAACUUUAGGUAAAAAUAACUUUUAGUAACAAUUGAAUGAUAGGCGUCAUCGUCAUAACAAUUUUAUUUAAAAAUAUGUAAAUUCCAUCAAUUAUAAUUAGUUAUUUUAGUUUAAUUUACCUUACUUUAGCUAUAAUUUAUUGUAUUACUUUAUAAAUCAGGUUGUAUAAUAAUUAAUAAUAACUAAGUACAGAAAAAUGCGGGUGUAUAUACAAUUUUAUGAUAAUUUAUAUUAUUUCAUGCCAUAAAAAAUCAUGUAAAUAUAACGCCAUUAAAUACCAUGUUUAUGUAAAACUGUUGAUAUCAGUAUUAAUGAAUUCCUUAUUUAUAUACUUCAAAUGCAGUUUAAUCUUGAUAUUAUUAUUUGGGCGCCCUGUUUAGUUUGACAUGGUACAAAAGCAUAUGAAAUGAAACGAUGUGUUUACCCUGAAUACUUCUCUGGCCUUUUUCUUAAGUAGCAUCUGAAAUAGGCAAUUGACGAAGGUUCAGGUUUAAUAAAUAAAAGUCUAGCCCCCUUAUUCAUAGAAAAGUUCCCUCUCUGUCAACAAAACAGUUCAAUAGAUAAAACGUCCUGUAACUUGUCUAUGAAUAAGGGGGUAGGUUUCAGAUGCUAAUUUACCACCAACAGGCCAUUAAUUUAAAUGCUCAUUGGUUUUUCGCCCUUACUCAGUUUGGGUUCAUGAUUAUAACCAUGUUCCUAACAUUUUGUCAAAUACAGGAUUUACCUGUAUGCCUCUGGAGACAAAGUAUGACCCGAUCGGUCCUAAGUAUAUCCUAACAAUUUUGUAUUUUAAACUGCGGCGCCUAAUGUCAGUCAAGUAAAGAAACAAAUUCAAAUAUACGGGAUUUAAUUGUACUUAUGUUAAGUUUAUAAUUUCAUAAAACAUUAAUCUUAGCGUAGGAUGUUAUAAAUUUAUAAUACUGACUGUUAAUGCAUUAAGUUCAAGCCAUUCUAGAUAUUUCAAAUUCUCCAUUUUGUUUAAGUAGUUACUUACUAUAUAAAAAAACGCACACAUCAUAGGCAAAAAAUACUGGAAAUAUUAAAUACUUACCUAUUUAUUUUUUGUAUCUGCUGAAAUGAAUUUAAUAAUAUUGUUGUGAGAAUAUACUGUUUAGAAUCUCUUCAAACUUUUCUUGCCAAUAUAAAAAUAUAGUCAGAUUUUGCUUCUAUAGUCUGGCUAAAGCAAAGUUCAAACACAUUAUAAUAUGCCUAUGGUUCUAAAACAACUUCGAUAGCUGUAAACUAUUGUAGUUAGGUAACAUUUACAUUUAUUUAAUUAUGACAUUAAAACAAAAUAUUUUUGUAAACUUU